AUGGAUCCAGCUCAAAGCUUAAGUGGACAAAAUCGUUCAUCAUUCCUACCAUUAGAGUAUGUGCUUCAAGGUAGUAUCGAGGAUAAAUCCGCCCAUCUGUUACGAGCACGUUUACAAGGAUUGUGUGACAAUAUAACCGGUGAAGUGGAACUAUUUGAUGAUCAUGAAAUUGUUUAUUCACUACGACCGCCUGCGCCUACAAAUGUUUCAUUGCGUGUUCGUUAUGCUCUUGAUGAUUUACCCAAUCCGAUCUAUCAUCUACGGUAUGUUGCUGCAGCUGAAUUGGACAAGAGCACUCAUGUCAGUAUUCGGCAAUUUCAUGAUUGUUGUGUAACAAAGAAUAUUCAAGCAUUUCUACAAGAACUCGGCUUUGGAUACGACUAUGAGUUUUAUGCUAAAGGCGAUAUUUAUCGAAAAGGAAGAAUAAAAAUAACUGUGGCAAAAAUUUCAACGUCAACUGAGCGCAAUCGUAAUGAUGGAAACCCAAUGGUAAAUCGCCGACCAUUCACAGAUUCUUGUUUCGUCGAAAUGUCAUUGAUAGGAUCAGUGCUUGAUGACAAAGUCGGAGACGAAAUGAAAUCAUUUGCUGACCAACUUAAACCAUUGAUAUCUCUCGAAAAAAUCGAUCAGAAACGAUAG